CCGAACCAAAAUUUCCAAACUGCCAAAUCCAACAAAAGCAAACGCAACAACUGCUAAACUCUCCCUCCCUCUCAAAAAUCUCUCUUUUCUUUCUGUACAAGAGUAUUAAUAAGCAUGGAGGUCCAGUGGGUUCUGUUAUGCCAUGGACUAGCCACACUGUUAGUGGUGGUCUCUUUCCUUUGCGGCCAAUGGCCUAUCUUUCAAGGCACUCCAAUCGAGCGCAUUCACAACUUCCUCACCUUCGGUGCCUACGAUUACUUCCUGCGCUUUGUAGGGACUGUAUUUGGAAAUAAAGGCACGAACUUUGUUCUCUCCAUUGAGCAUUUCUGUUGCGAUCGCCCGAACCCUACCUUACAGAUUAUAUAUUUGGCAAUCAUUGGAGCAACUUAUUACUUCAUUGUAGAUUCAUCCUUUAGCUAUAUUCCUGGUUAUUAUUUAAGUGGAUAUCACAGGUACACAAGCUCGUUGGCAGUUGUUGUUGGUGUUCUACUUUUUCUAUUGACUAGCUUUUCUGAUCCUGGAACUGUUAAGGCUGAGAAUGUUUCAGAAUAUCUCUCUGCCUAUCCAUAUGACAAUAUCAUAUAUACAAAGAAAGAAUGUUCCACUUGUAAAAUUUUCAAACCUGCUAGGUCCAAGCACUGUAGCAUAUGUAAUCGCUGUGUGGCACGCUUUGACCAUCAUUGUGGAUGGAUGAAUAAUUGUAUAGGGGAGAAAAAUACCCGAUACUUUUUGGCAUUUCUUUUAUGGCAUUGUCUUCUUUGUAUAUAUGGGACAAUUGCCCUUGGGUUGGUUCUGGCAGGAAGAUUGAAAGAAUUAAGGGUUGUAUAUAUUUUGACUGUUUACUAUGGCUUUGAAAAUUCAUUUAGUAGUCUAGCUCCACAUGUUGUACAGUGGCUGUUGGGCUCAUAUAACACACAAAUACUUCUUAUGGUGUUUCUUGCCAUAGUUUCUCUCUUAUUAGCAGGAUUCUUUGGGCACCAUGCCAACCUGUGUCGCAUGAAUACCACGAUUAAUGAGACCUUCAAGUGGCAAGAGUACCUUGUCUGGCAAAAGAAGGUAAAUGAAGCAAGGGUUAGUGCCGCGGCACUAAAAGCAAGCAUCAGUGAGAUUGGUGACAAAACAAAGCAUUCAGAGAGCAAAUGUAGAGGCUUUGCCUUUUGCCGGAGAUCACCCCUCAAAGAUGCUGAGGUUUUAGUUAAGAGAAACGUGUAUGAUAAGGGAUUCUUUCACAAUCUUUGUGAGGUAAUAUUUCCGCUGUCAACAAGACCAUCAUGUUUGAGUAAAAAAUCAAAGUCUCGCUGAGAUAGUUGUGAUCAAGCAUUAACUGGGUAGUUUCUAUAGCUUUUCCCUUGAUUGGAGCUUGAACCCAUACUGCAUGUUCAAUAUAUUAUAAUAGAACAUAAUGGAAUGUAAUUCAAUAUGAUAAAAAGAUAAUAAAAUAAUAAACUAUUCCAUUGCGCUCCA